CAUCUUCCUUCUCUCUCACAAGCUCUGCAGUACUGGGGGCCAUGGCUGAGGUUGGAAUACAGGGAAGAACACAGCAAUUCAUGGUCCCUCUUUUCUGUCCCCCAGUUCCGGGGCCAGGCCAAUAUGCAUGUGUUUGAGGACUGGUGUGGCAGCUCCACUGACGAGCUCAGAAGAAACCUUCACUUUCCCCUCUACCCCCACACAAGAACAGUGCUGAAGAAACUAGCCGUGUCUCCAAAAUGGACCAACUAUGGUCUCCGGAUAUUUGGCUACCUGCAUCCUUUCACUGAUGGAGAGUUUCAGUUUGCCAUUGCUGCAGAUGACAAUGCUGAGUUCUGGUUGAGUUCAGAUGAAAAGACCUCUGGUCUCCAGCUGCUGGCCAGUGUGGGCAAGACAGGGAAGGAGUGGACAGCACCGGGGGAGUUUGGAAAAUUUUGGAGCCAGCAGUCAAAGGUAGUGAGGUUGUCAGCUGCAGGCAGGUACUACUUUGAGGUGCUGCACAAGCAGGAUGACAAAGGGACAGACCAUGUGGAAGUAGCAUGGAAACUGAAUGACCCAGAUGCCAAGUUCAAAAUCAUUGACUCCCAAUACCUCUCCCUUUUUGCUAAUGAGACGCUGUUAAAGAUGGAUGAGGUUGGGCACAUCCCACAGACUCUGGCCAGCCGCAAGAGCCGGGCUGCUGAUGGAACGGGAGGCAAGGCACACCCUGCUGACAUGUUGAAGCCUGACCCCCGGGACACUCUUUACAAAGUGCCUCUGCUCAGCAAGUCACGCCUGCGCCGAGCCCUGCCAGACUGUCCAUACAAGCCUAGCUACCUGGUGAAUGGGUUCCCUCUGCAGCGCUACCAGGGCCUCCAAUUUAUUCAUUUAUCCUUCGUUUACCCCAAUGAUUACAGCCGUCUGAGCCAUAUGGAGAGAGAAAACAAAUGCUUCUAUCAGGAAAACCCAUAUUACUUGGAAAGAUUUGGGUUCUACAAAUACAUAAAAAUGGACCGGACAGAGAAGAGCAUGGACUCUGAUGAAAAGACUGAGCAACCAGGCUUUCAGGAGGGGAACCUGGAUGAUCUGCAGUAUGGGGAGCAGGAUGUGGAGAGCACUGUCUCCCCAGCGCACCCCAACGUGCGGCGGGCAGAACCAGCAAGUGCUGCUCCCGGCACAGUGAUGGGCAGCGAUCGUGUCUAUGAGGACUAUUCUCUCCAGGAGCAUAGGCGGCUCCUCUCAGUCAGUGAUACAGGGGAGGUGACCCAAAGGAGACGGACAAAAAAGUCUGGUGUCAAAACAGCCCUUCUGGCCCCUGCCAACCAAAGCCUCAGUCGAGCUGGCCCAGAGAGAAACCCAGUGACAAAGAGACCUCACUUAAAAGCUGGAGUCAAAGACAACUCCAGAAGCCCUCCGCAGCAUGCCAGGGCCGCCCAGGGCAGAGCACCUCCCAAAAAGGAGAACCCUCCUUCUAGGAGCAGAUCUCAAAGGGAGCAGCCUCUCAGCAGCCCCAGGGACUCAGGGGUCAGGAUUCCCAAAGGUCUGAGAACUCGAGGAGACCUCAGCAUCAUGGAGGAUGGCCUGCAGCCAGCAGGCACUAAGCAAGCUAAGAGAGCAGACCCAGCAUCCAGCAAAGCCAGCAGGCACCUCGUGGAUACUGCUGGCCCCAGCAAGGACCCACCACGGCUGGAGCAGUGGCUGAACCAAGUGGAGGCCUACGUGGCUGAGCAGAAGAGGGCCACUGGUGGGGACGCAGGCAAGGGAGAGACAGAGGUGGCAUCUCUUGCAAAGGGCAAGUCUAGGCCUGAGAAGGUGGCAGCAGAAGAGGAAGAGGUGGAUGGGGAGCCAGAAGAGGAGGAUGAGGAGGGUUUUGAUUACGUACCAGUGUUUGACCAGCCGGUGAACUGGGAGCAGACUUUCAGCGCAAGCAACCUGGAUUUCCAUGUGCUGCGCACUGACUGGAUUGACCUGAAGUGCAACACAUCGGGAAACCUGCUGCUGAAAGAGAGGGAAGCCCUGGAAGUCACACGUGUCUUCCUCAAGAAGCUCAACCAAAAGAUUAAAGGGCGGUUCCAGCUGCAGCGUAUCGUGAAUGUGGAGAAACGCCAGGACCGCAUGCGAGGGAGCCGCUACCUGCUGGAGCUGGAGCUGCUGGAGCAGGGAGAGCGUCUCGUCCGCUUCUCCGAGUACAUCUUUGCGCGUGGCUGGCAGGGCGUGGGUGGCGAUGAGCAAGAGGAGAGGAACAUGAGGAACCUGGCUUGGGGUCACCGGCGGCACCUGAUGGCUGUGGCAAAAGAGCCAGAGCUGUGCUGGCCCCAGGGCUUUUCCUGGAACCACCGUGCUGUGGUUCACUUUGUGGUGCCAGUGAAAAACCAGGCACGGUGGGUGCUACAGUUCAUCUCUGACAUGGAGGAGCUGUUCCGAGUCACUAAGGAUCCAUACUUCAAUGUCAUCAUCACAGACUACAGCAGCGAUGACAUGAACAUAGAAACUGCUCUGAAAAGGUCUAGCUUGCGCAGCUAUCGGUACUUGAAGCUGAUGGGGAAUUUUGAGCGUUCUGCUGGCCUGCAGGCAGGAAUAGACCUCGUGACGGAUCCACACAGCAUAAUUUUCCUUUGCGACCUCCACAUCCACUUCCCAGCUGGAAUCAUUGACUCAAUCAGGAAACACUGCGUGGAAGGCAAGAUGGCCUUUGCUCCCAUGGUCAUGAGGCUGCACUGUGGCAUGUCCCCACAGUCACCUGAUGGCUACUGGGAGGUGAAUGGGUUUGGUCUCCUUGGCAUAUACAAGUCUGACCUGGACAAGAUUGGAGGAAUGAAUACAAAAGAAUUUCGGGACCGCUGGGGAGGAGAAGAUUGGGAACUUCUGGACAGGAUCUUACAGGCCGGGCUGGAAGUGGAACGUCUGUCCCUGAGAAAUUUUUUUCACUGGUUUCAUUCAAAGAGGGGAAUGUGGAACCGGCGCCAGCUGAAAACAUUGUAGCCUUCAACCCCAGAGAUGCUCGGCAGCACCAUCCACCAUUUUGCCUUGGUGUGCACUUUAUCAAGACACACAGCCAAGCGCAUAAACUCUGCCUCCACUGGGACAGCACAGCAGAAGAAGGGACUAUUGGGCUAGAAGAGUGGGAGCUUCUCUUGUGAAUCAUUGCAUCCAGCAUGGGAUCCGUGUCCUUUUGGGAAGUUAUAUGAGGGAGCUGUUGCACAGUGAAGGAUUUGUAUUUCCUGCCAUGCAGUCUGGUGGAUGGUACAGUGGGAGAGGUGCCAUAUUUCCUGUUGAGUCUUGUGUGGUGCAAAUCAAACAAAAAUCCCAGCUAAGCGCAGAAUGUUUUACAGGAAUGCACCUUCUCUUUCAAUACUUGAAGAAAAAGAGGAAAAACAAACAAACAAAAACCUCUCCUUCCCUCCCAACUCCUUCCCCAUCUCUCUGGUAUCAAUGCUUUCAGACAGGGGACCAAAAUAUUUUUUCUGAACUGUGUUGUGUCCGUAUGCCCGUGUGCUGACCCCAGAACUGAAUGAGGAGGCGCUGAUAGGCACUUCACCCUGCUGAUGCUUAGGUGUUUCUCUGUGCUUUGCACUUCAGUCAUUAUGAAAAAACAUGCUCACUGAGUGUGGAUGAAGACUGAAGUGCACUUCCCAAAUGAAAGCCACAUUUGCCUGCAGUGGAGCAAAGUGACAGGGAGUGAUGUUUCAGCUCUACCUGAAUUAUUGAUUCACUGGCUGAGGAUAGUGGAGGGGUUAUACAGAGACACUUGGAGGGCAUCUCAGGAGGAAUUUUGCAGCCUUAUCUGACAGACGUACAUGUUUGUCCUAAAAAUAUCAGGGAAACCCUCACAGGGAAGAAGUGGCAAUAUUUUAUUAGUUGAUAUAUUGAGAUUUUGUCAGAAAAAGUGGAGACAGAUUUUUCUGCUCUCUAAAUCUUGUACAUUCAUGCAGUAUCUAAAGGUUAAUUUAAUAAAUUAAGACCUUACAGUUAGGUCGUGUUUGACUUUCAUGUAAAGAGCAGACUUGUUUGUGUUGUCUGAGGAACUGGCACAACUGUUGUUCACUUUUGGAGCAGCCCUGGGAGCCCAGUAUGGAGAAGAUGGCUUCAGGCCUUGGCAUUUGCAUCGGUUGUAAGGAACAGUAAGGGCAGAAGAGGUCUGGGUGAAUAAAAUGAUGGUUAGACCCAUGCCAGCAUUGAUGAGAGCUGUGGGAAGAGCUUGUGUCCACAGCCAGCCUGAUGACAGAGCAAAUUCUCAGCCCCUGAAACUACCAUUCAUUCAAGGCAAGAUUUUUACCUCUAAAACCAUUUUACAGGACUGCACUCUGCACUGGAGCUUCAGGAUCCCCAUACAAAGCUGAAAAGGCUGCUGCUGGUCUCAUGCUUCUGUGAGAAGUGUGACACUGAAUGCUGCUCACUACUCUAGCAAUGAAGGGAGUUGUUGAGUAGUGAGCAAUAGAGGUGUGCAGCACACAAGCAAUGGCUGACGUGGUACUAGAGUUGCUUGCUUUUAGGCUGAUGGAGCAGAUGACAAUUCAGAAUAGAUAUUUGUUAUUAAUUCCAUGGUGCUUGACAAGCCCAUCAGGCUCCAGUGCUGUGGUAGAAAAUGGAACAUGAGUUCUGGCACACGAAAUAAAUUUUAUCAAAUCAUCUAGCUGCCUCAGUCUGGGUUUUGUCCCUGAUGAAGUUAGCUGUAUUUAAGGAAGCUUCAUUGUGCAGCUAUGGAGAGAAGUAUGUGAGAAUGCUAUGUCCAUCGCUCCAUGCAGCCUUUGCUUGAAUGCAGUUACUGAAUAGCUAAGAAGAGACGGCCUCAGCCUUCUGCCCAAGCCAGAGCAGUCUUUUUAAUGAGAGAAAGUAGUUUUCCCAUGUAGACAAUAAGAAUGAAAUGCAGAGAACGGCAUUAUGGUCACUUUGCUGAGGGAGAGCUGGCAGAUCUUUCGGUGGCCCUAAUAUCAGACAGAGGGAAGAUGAGUGAUUUCUCCUCUAUGCUUUCACGUCUGGCUUAGGUGUAAUCUGUAGCACCUAAAGGCAACAGCCUGUGUUCUUCUGUAGACAGUGGUGAGAAUGAUGUGCAUACAGGAGGUAAUAACCAUCAAAGACUGGACUAGAAAGUAGGGUACAAUCCUGGCUCCAGCACUGCUGGCAGGUUUUGAGGAUUUUGUACCCGUGCUUCAGCUGGCUGGGUGACUGCUCCUUCUGUCACACCUUUAGCCCAGAGCUGCCUACCUCAUGGGAGCUCCUUGGUGUGCAUGUAAGGAGUUACUGUGGCUCAGUCCAGUUUCCUAAAGGCCAGUGUCCCCACUGUAAAAGCUGUCAUCACAACUGUUCUUCUGUUCUUAGCACAAUGAGGACUCUUAGCUGGUGUUUAAGCAUUGUGGUGGUAAACAUGAUUAACACUAAUUGGCACUAGUUGGCAGCCUUUGUGGAGGAGCUUGGAGAGAGCUCAUGGGGACAGAGGCUAUUGUCCAGCCCACAAGCUCAGAGACUGCUAUUGGUUGUCUGAAGAAGAUGGGCCGUGUGCUUUCUGGCUUGGUAGCCAGCAGGAAAUCUUGUGGGGGCAGAGCCAGGUUUCACCCUGAGGCUGCUACCCCUCUUCCGAAACAACCUGAAGCUCUUUCCUCCCCCUCAAAGAGGGACGACAAGCAACAGGGGUGGGUGGUCCCACAGCCAUACUAUGAGAGGACAUGACCAUCCAGGGCAGUGGCCAGGCCACCACAAUGCCCAGCUAGCCCACCAGUGUCACAUACCGCAGCACAGAGGGCUCAUCCUGCCAUCAGCAGAUCCCAAAGCACAAGAGCAGGGAACCUGGUGUCACCAGAGCAGGAAAGCUGACUCCUGAUUCUCUUUUCUGUGACAGAGGAGUUUUAAGAAGUUUUGCCUGAGUUUGUGGUGAGUUUUGCCCCACAUUCCUGGCUUUCGUGUACAUCCUGGCCAUGUCCUAUCUCUGAGGCAGAAGGGAAUGAGUUGCUUGUCAUUUCCUGUGGAUCAACCACAUGGGCUCCAGUAGGUCCCUGGCUGGGGGUGGAGAGAAAACCAUGGGUCACUGUGCAGAACAGAGCUUCCCUGCAGCAGGGUGCGGCCAGGCGGGGGGCCUUGAUCCCCCAUGUGCAGGCUGCACUGCAGGGUGCUGGCUCCAUCGGCAGGACUUGUUCAUUGCCAGUGAACUGUGGGCCUGGGGGGGUUGUUUUAUUGCUCAGCAAAGUGAAUAGUGAAGGGCCAGCUUUUAUUCUGAGAAAUGCCUUGUGUUAAAACAAUAACAUGACUUGUUUUGUCAUCAUUUUUAAUAUUUGCCUGGUAUGAACUUCUCACUGUCUACAACUGUCUGAAGUUGUUCAUUUUUUAUGUACCAAUGCCUUGUGUUAUAAAUCUGGAUUGUACCUUUGACUUAUCUGCCUUAAAGUGGGUCUGUGCCUUCUAGACAACCUCUGGGCCACCUCUCUGUACGAUCUGGGGGAAAUACCGGUUCUCCACACAUUUUAUAAAUAUAUGGUCUUCCUACAAGUGCUUCACUCUGUCUCUGUGUUACU